AUGGCGAACAGUGAUUUUACCAUAGCUGUGGUUUGUUCAAGUAAUAUGAAUCGAAGUAUGGAAGCACAUGCUUUUUUAAGUAAAAAAGGUUUCAACGUUCGAUCAUUUGGAACUGGAGACAAGGUGAAGUUACCCGGAACAGCGCAGGAAAAACCAAAUAUAUAUGAAUUUGGAUGUUCUUAUGAUGACAUUUAUAAAGAUCUGUACAAUAAAGACAAAACAUAUUACACGCAAAAUGGUUUGUUGAAUAUGCUGGAUAGAAAUCGGCGGAUAAAGCAGCAUCCAGAAAGAUUUCAAGAAUGCAAUGAACAAUUUACUGUAGUCAUUACAUGUGAAGAGAGAGUAUAUGAUCAAGUACUUGAAUAUUUUGAAGCUGUUCAAAGUUUUGACGCAACGCUUGGAGCAUUUUUAAUUUGUGAAUUUGUUACUUUGUUGUCUAGAAGUGAAGAUCUUGACAACGAUAUAGAUCAAUUAGUUGUUAAAUAUGAAGAAAAAUGUCAAAGGUCACUACUCAACUGUGUACUUUUCUAUUAA